AAGUCGCUAAAUCACCCUAUCACUGAAGUCGUUUUGACGGAGUAUUCAGCAGCUAUCAUUGUUGGCGAUUGUUGAGCAUCUAAGUGCAUUUAAUCGUGGCCCUGUUUAUUCGGCGAUCCCGGUAAAAUAUUAUAUUAGGUCACUCACUAAUCAGGCUUCCAAGAAAAUUUUAAUAAUUGUGGCAGUUUAUUUGUGAGCAAGCGUUUCCGAUCACGGCGACAAUGGCUCUCGACGUAAAAAUAAUAUCCAGUUGGAGGAAUCACUGCAGGUUGUGUCUCCUGGACGACGGUAUUAUGGCUCCGCUAUUUGAUGGCGAAGGCCUUAAUCGCCAGAUUGGCCACAAAAUCGAGGCAUGCCUUCAAUUAAAAUCCUAUGAUGGUGAUCCACUCCCCACCAAAAUUUGUCAUAAGUGUCUGUACAAAAUAGAUCAAGCAUAUGAAUUCCGAACCAUGGCUUUGAACUCAUAUGAACGGAUAAAGUCUCAUCUUCUUCCAUUAAAACACGUUCCAAAUGUUGAGGAGUACUUAUUGAAAGCCGGCCACCUUCAAAUGAGUGACCAGGAUCUUCCUUCCAAUCUGCCAUCCUCAACUCGAAGUGAGGCCAAAAUACGAGUCAAAUCUGAAACGGAGUUGAUGGGAGAUGAUCAAUGGCCCCCUAACCUUGAAUCUCCUUUCUCUAGCACACCUAAACCUUCUUCCUCAAUGGAAGCAACAAAAUUUGAAAAUCCUGCAUCAACGAGUACUCAUCAAGAUUUGAAGCGCAAACGAUUUUACAACAGUGCUGACAGCACAAGUUUUGAAGGUCCAGAAAAGAACAUGAAGAAAGCCAAAACAAAACAUCCACCAUUAGCAGGACCUGCAUCAAGAAAAAGACAAGUCCAAUCAUCUCAGUGGAACUGUGUAUUUUGUCUGUCAUCAUUUAGCAGCAAGGCCAGCUUGAAUGUCCACUUGGAAAAGUGUCUCAAGUGUGGAUUUUGCCAAAAGGAUUUUAGUUCUUUUCAGGAGAAAGUAAUCCAUGAAGCUGUUCACAUUUCUAUUCCCCUUGAUUGUGAUGUGAAGCAUCUCCGGUGGAAGUGUAACAGUUGUCCUGCAAGAUUUGCCUCUAGUGUAAUGCUCUCUACUCAUACCAAAGAUAACCAUAACUUCUUUGUUAAAUCUGAAACUGAUUGUAAAGCAGAGUCCGAAAGUAAAGUUUUCUUGGAUGAAGAUGAAGAUGGUGCUUCAACAACCACAUUUUCAUGUAUAACAUGUCACGAACUCUUUCGGAGUAACCGUAUGUUGUUGGACCAUGAAAAAAUAAUACAUGGAAGGUUCAGGUGUUCUUCUUGUAGUGAAGUGUUUGAUUCCCAGAAAGCAUUAAGUAGCCAUAAACGUUGCCAUGUUGUUACUCAAGCAUCCAUCAAGAAGUAUUUUGAGAAAAAUGGCAACUUGACAUCACCUGUUACAAAGAAGCCACUAUCAUGCAAUAUCUGCUAUGAAGCAUUUGAUGAAGAGGAUAGUUUUGUAUUGCAUUUGUAUCAUCAUGCCACAGAGGAGCAAUCAGAUGACGAGAGUGUGGCUCCCAAAAAGUCAAGAAAAGGUCAAACCGGAAAAAAGAAGAGAAGCACCUCUACUAGCACUGUUGUCAACAGUUCUGAAAAUACAUCUGAACAAUUCAGUGUUAAGUGUGAACGAUGUCAUGUUGUCUGUAGAUCCAGAGAAUAUUACAAAAUUCAUCUGGCUACUCAUGUGAGCAAAGCUAAAACGAGCUUUCCUUGUAGUGGAUGCAAUCAAGACUUUCGAAAUGUAGAGGCCUUGAAUAGGCAUACUUGUUGUGGGAAACAAUUGGAUGAUUUAAACAAGUGCUGCUUGGAUUGUGGGCAAGGACUCAUAGAUGGUGACGGCCACAUUUGUGAUAACAAAUGCCCAGAAUGUGACAAAGUGUUUAAGUCUGCAAGGGGUCAAAGAUUACACUUUGCUCACAAACAUAGAAGAAAGGUUCCGACUGAGAAUGGUUUCGAUGCUGUAGAACUGGAUGAAGAGGAUGUGCAUAAUCGGAGUGAUAGAGACUCUGUGGAAAAUCAGAACAUCAAUGUAAAAAGUCAGAUUAAAGUAGAAAACGAACCUUCCCCGGCGAAAAGGACGGAUGAAACUUCUGAAAAUGGACUGAGUGAUUCAGAUGAUUGUCAUUGCAAUGAUUCUAAUUCUAGCAGGUCUUUGCAAGGGGAUUCUCCUGUGGAGAGACUCCCACCUGAUGGUGCCUCUAUAGUAGAGCCUGUGCCGUGCCAGUUUAAUUCAACCUCCAAUGAUUUUGAGCAAUCCAAAAUUUCUCCAAAUUUGGAGACUAAUCAAAAUGAUGUGUGAAAGGAAGCUGAUUCUUGAGCUAAUGUAUUGUAAUUAAAAGUAAUUUUUAACAAAUUUUUAGUGAUUGGAUUUGUGAGUUUUUAAAAUUUUGUACACAGGAAAUUUAAUAUUUGUAGGUUGGUUUGUUUGUGUGCUGGUCAUAGGCAUCUACCUACAUAUUUCUCUUUUUUUUUCUUAUCAAAUUUUAAAGUUCUGUCAGUUUUUGUAGCUGGAAGCCGAUAGAUCUGUUGUAUAUACAAAUUUCCCCUAUACUCGACUUUGCUGUCCUGUAAAGUGUGUCCACCAUUAUGUUGGCAAGGAAGAUCAAGAACAAAUGAAAUAUGUUGAGACUUCCCUUGCUUUUAGCUUGUUCUCUCAUUACUAAUAAAAGGUAAAGGUAUCAUAAAAGUUAGUUCAACAAAG